AGAAAUGCAAUCACAAUGGUUUGUAAUUUGUUGAUGAUUGAAUGGAGUGGGAGAAAAAGAGAUUAGAGAGAGAGAGAGAGAGAAGAUAGCUGAACAUAAAGGUCAGAUUACGUGUAUCUCUUAAAGUAGUGCCACCCCAUCAAUAAUAAGAUCACUCAAUCACCAAUGCAUCAUCAUUGUUGGAACCAACGCUGGGUUUGGAACUUGGAACUGGAGUAGAGGGGCUUCUUUGGUGCCACAAUCUCAACCUUAGAUAAGAGAUUAUUAUUCACUGCAAAAACCUUGUAACACAGAACAACAAAAGGAUGUUGGAAGGAAAAGCUAUGGUGAAAGAAACAGACAUGUCACCCAAGAUGCAGAUCCAUGCCAUGGCCUCUGCUUCUCAGGCUCUUGAUCUCUACGAUGUUUAUGAUUGCAUCUCUAUUGCUGCCCAUAUCAAGAAGGAAUUUGAUAGUGUGUAUGGGAAUGGGUGGCAAUGUGUGGUGGGAUCCAAUUUUGGGUGCUAUUUCACCCAUUCAUCAGGGACUUUCAUCUAUUUUGCUCUGGAGACCCUUAAUUUUCUUAUCUUUAAGGGAACAUCUUCUUGAUUUAUCUUAUGUACAAUCUGAGGUAGAAUACAGGGUUUGGUUAUCAGAGAAGCAUCCAUAUGCAGUGCAGGACAAGUUUUUAAUUGAUCCCUCUUGAUAUCUGAUUUUUCUUCCAUGCAUCAUCAAAAUAUUUUAGAUGUUACAGAUGGAAGAACUAUGUAUGAUGGCUGUUGAAGUGUCUCCAUCACCUUGUCUCUCAGAUGGAACUUUCCGACGACUCUGGAUUCUCCUAUGUGAAUAUGUGUAUCAAUAGAACUAUAAUUAAGAUGCUGUCUCUGCUUUAUGUGAAAAAAGAAUAAUAAUAAAAUAAAAUUGUCUGAGCUUUAUUCGUUUCU